GGUGAAGAAACUGCAUAACAGUGUGAGCAUGCAGGCCAUGACCUGGUUUCCACCUGGUGCACGGGACCUGGUGACGCAGCUUUUAGAAACCAGGCCCGAGGACCGCCCCACUGCGGGGCAGUGCCUGCGGCACCCGUGGCUGCAGCGGCCCAGGGACGCCAAGUCCCUGAAGGUCUGGCCGAGGACCCCCUUCAGCUCCUGCACGCUGGAGAACCUCGGAGAAACCACGAGCAGGCGGCUCCUCUCCGGGGGACGCUCGGCGGGCGCGGGCUGCGCGGGGGGGCGCUGGGGCGCUCCUCUCCUGCAGACGUCCACGGCCUGCCGACGGACUCGGCUCGACCAGAAGACGGACGACACCACGCCACCCACUCAGAGGAUGGAAAGGGUACCCAUACCGCCACCCUGCCUCCGUUUUCCCCUUUGGGGGGCCUCCUGGGCGGCCUUCGUCGCCACCGCUGGAUUCGCCUCGAAAUUCUGGUCAGAACGCACCCCAGGAGAGGUCCAGGGAGUAGCGGUAUCGGUACCUGGUGGGUUUCCCACCUACGGCCCUCCAUGUUGCGCUUUGGCCACUCGGGCGCCGUAGCGUACACCACGCAAACAGCCACGCCAGAUCUCUCGGUAUACGCUAAGCCCCGUGGGCCCAUAGGUGGUGUGGUGCCGCUUGUUUUGUGGUCAAUCGGCCAGAUGUUCUGCAGCCAUCUGUCAGUAAGCAGAACACAGCCCCUAACCCUAAUAGCAUAAUGAAUCGUCUGAGACGUCUGCACGUGGGUGGUUUCGUCUGACACGUCUGCAGAAAAAGGCCCCCUGUGCCUGAUGCCCUUGUCCCUCCCGACUCCGGUCCCCUCCCAAUGGAGUGGGGGUCCUUGGUGUUGCUGCUCCUUCUGCACACAGUCAAGACGUUGAGCCAAGAACCACUUAGGCUUCAGGAGGGGAGGCCUCUCCGUCGCCGAUGCGUCCUCGAGGUGGCAGCCAGCCUCGAGGUGGCAGCCAGCUUCGAUGGCCCUAGCAAGAGUCCAAGGGGCCUGACAGGCGAACCCUCUGAUACAACCCGUUUCCCACGCAGAGAAUUUCGAGGAAGACAUGGCGGCGAGGUGCACGUCCAGGCACGCCCUAGACCCCAAACCAAGAGACUCCCCGAACUUACGUUCAUGACACCUAAGGACAGCAACUUUAAACGGAGA